GAAUACCGAAUCAUCUCGUUCUGGAAUUCAAUAGUAUUGACAGAAAUCGUGCUCACCUUUUACCGCUGAGUAUAAUUUCGUUUUGACCGAAAGUCGGUCAGUGGGUCGUUCUAGGAUAUUUCUGGAUUUGGGAAAAACAGGUAUCUUUUCAUAGUCUGGUCUGGUUUGGUUACAUGGCAUUAGCAUUCAGUGUCUACCGCAACAGCUUGGGCGUUGAAAGUCACGAAGCUACUACGUGCAUACCCACCGCUGUUGAUGAUCGAACAGGUAGGCGAGGAAAUGGAAUAUGUGGAGUCGAAGAGGAAGAGACCGGGGACGAGGUGGGAGUGUAGGAUGAAGGCUAACUGGGUGGCUGAUGGAGAGAAUGGCAUGACACUGUUGGAGGGAAGGGCGCCCUUUGACGUUGCUAAUAUCAUGCCGCCAUUGGAGGAAAGUCGAGACCCAGAAGGAAAACAUGCCUCUGUAGAAUCUCCAAGGAAUAUACGUAAGAAGGGGAGUCAAUACUUAAACGAUUCUCAACAGGGGGAUAAAGGGCCGAGUUUGGUUAGAAUAAAGGUUGGCAAUGUCCCGCACAACCGCCAUACCUUUCAAGUCUCCCAGGCCAUUCUUCGUGCCAAAGUCAAAUACUUCGAUAAAAUUCUUACGCAGAGACCCGCGCUCAAGAAUUUUAAUCUUCGCGGGAAAGAACCAACUUCCUUUGCUUUGUUUCUCGACUGGAUUUACUGCGGGAAGUACGCACCUUUGAAUAUCGAAGACGGACUCAUCCCCUUUCGGAGUCGCAUCAUUCUGUAUGAUCUAGGAGACGAAUACAAACUCCCAGAGCUGAUGGAUUAUACCAUGACGGUUCUUAUCACAAACUAUGCAAUGCAUGAUGAAUUGACGCUGGAUGAAGAAUACGCACAUGUGAUAUAUCUGGAUACGAGCGACGGUUCGAAACUUCGUUCGUUCGUAUCCCACUCAUUGGCGAUGCGCCUUUUGGCUAUGGGUGAUUUUUCAGAGAAACAGGUCUGGAUGAUGGAAUCUGGUCAUCCGGAUUUGUGGAGGGAUGUAUCGAGUUGGAUGGAGACUAUUAAAGGAGGGAGCUUCGGGACUCCGCUCGUUUCUUCUUCGUUCCCUGGACCUUGGGCAUAUUCAAAGUGUAUUUUUCAUGUCCAUGAUGUGGGAGCGGCAUGUUCAUUCAUGGGUGAUAUAUUUUAAUGGGGCUUGAGAAGGAUUAUGUGGUUGUUAGAGUUGCUACUGGGAGAAAUGCAUGAAGAGCUGCGUGUAUUCAAUAUCAUGCGUCUGUA